AUGAGCAGUAUCUAUAUAACCGAACCGCCAACAAGCGGAAAGGUGCUACUCAAAACCACCGUCGGUGACAUAGAAAUAGAACUCUGGUCCAAAGAAUGCCCGAAAGCUGCUCGAAACUUCAUCCAGUUGUGUCUCGAGGGCUACUACGAUAAUACGAUAUUUCAUCGGGUGGUUCCCGGCUUCAUUGUGCAAGGGGGAGACCCAAGUGGCACUGGUUUGGGUGGUUCGUCAAUUUAUGGUGAACCAUUUAAGGAUGAAUUUCACAGUCGUCUCAAAUUCAUACGACGUGGCCUUGUUGCAAUGGCGAAUGGCGGACCAAACGAUAACGGCUCGCAGUUCUUUUUUACACUGGAAAAGGCACCUGAACUGCAGGAUAAACAUACCGUAUUUGGGAAGGUUCGACUUUUUUCAUACACUACUGGAAACUGA